GUUCAAAAGAAAUUACAUGCUAGCCUAGGAACUUGUCCAUUUCUUUCACCAAAAAAUAGACUUUAUCACCUGCAGUAUAUAGUAUUACCACUUCCUGUCGCCAUUCUUGUUGAGGCGGGAAAUCUCGAAUCAUCGACAGCGUACAUUUACAGCAUCUUUAACUUGAUUUCCAGUUUUAAGAAGAAAUGGCUCUAUCUGAAAACUUCAUAUAUGAGCCUGUAUUAUAUAGAUGUAGAAGCACAAGGGCAAAUGAAGUCCAAGAUCAAGUCCAUAUACAGCAGAACCAACCAAAACACAGGGCAACCCAAUGCUGUUUAUGUCAGUUUGAGUCUUCUAAAGAUACUUCAUGGGGCACAUUUAGUGACGAAAACUAUGGAAUUUCAUGUAAUGUGACAGUACCAAUGUCUAGUGCAAUGUCGUCGCCAGUUCCAGCACAAGCAAAAACUAGCAAACGGGCAGGAGAGAAAACACCCCAAACAUUGAUGAAAUUGAUGGAACGACAUCGGGAAAAUGAACGAGUGAGGCACCAUACACUUAAUGAAUCUAUGAAGAAAGUGUGUGAACAUGUCCCGGGUUACACAGAUGUAAUGAAAGAAACAAAGGUUGUGAUGAUGCAGAAAAUCAUUGCAUAUAUUUGUUACCUGGAAAAUACUGUCCAUGAUUUGUGCGAGAAACUUGACCUUAAAGUCGGUGAUCUACUCAUGUCCACUGACUUCAUUACAGAACAAAUGCGAGCCAAAAAAGUUUUAAAGAGGGACAAUUCUCUACUGAAACAGAAGACAAAGAUCAAGUCUGAAAGCAAAAAAGUUUCAAUGGCACAGAGAAGACUAAAGAUCUCAUCACCCACCAUAGAUUCUACAACUGAUUACAAACUGGUGGAGGACUGUGACUCCUCACAAGAGUCUGGGAUUGGGACAACUGUGGAGAUUCAAACCUUUUCCUCUGUAAGGGAUCAAAACUGGUUGACAUCCCCCAUUAAGAACUUCAUGGACAUCCCAGGCUGUGACGAGUCCAAGGAUGAGUCGGAUGAAGAGGGUUUCUAUAGCCAAUCGACCCAAGGUGUGUUGAGCCAGUUAAUUGACACUCCAUCCAAACUGAUAUUUCAGAAUGAUGAGUUUUUCCCUUCUUCCUCCUGCUUAGACAAUUUUCCAGAUGCUUUUGAUCUAAUGUCCAGUCCUGUAUGCAAGCGAUCAUCUCAGCUCAACAGUCCAAGAACUAGGAAAACAAUUCUGAUGAAUUCAUCAUAUGGGAUUAAAAAUGAUGUACACGAUUUUCCUGAUGUUGCUGAAUCUUCUGAUGUGGAAAUGAGAACUAUAUCUCCUGAGAGUAUCUUAAAGACCAAUCCUUGUAUAGAAAAUACCUUUUCCCAGGUGUCUGAACCCUUCAACCAACACAAUAUAUCAGCAUUAUCAGGGCAUUCCGACAUUUCGGUUUUCCUGUCAAGUCCAGAGAAGCCAAGCACUCCUAACACCCCAGUAACAAGUCCUUGUUGGCCAGGAAAAAAUAAACGGAAGCAGUACACCCCUAAACGAUCUCCGUUUAACAACAUCUCCAACCUCAGUGUACCACAAUCAGAGGAAGAGGAGGAAUACGUUCCAGAACCUGCAACAAAGAGGUUUAAAUCGGAAUCUUGUGGAAAGUUUUUACGUCGCAGUCCAGUUGACGAGGAUUUUGUAUCCUAUGUGCCCUACAUAUGGAAGUUCCACAGCACGUCCCGAACUCGUAGACAGAGGGCAUCACCUAUCCCAGACAUCGAUAGCAAGGACACUGGAGGUUCAACAGAUGAAAACAAGAACAAUGCUAGUAAACCAGAAAAAAUAGAUCACAGGAAGACAACCUGGAUGAAUGGAUUUAUGAUGUUUAGCAGAUACAAUCGCAAGAAAUUCAUUGAAGCUAACCCUGGUGUUCACACCUCCCACAUCAGCAAGAUUCUGGGACACACUUGGAGGAAUAUGUCUGCUGAGGACCAAAAACCUUACAAGGAUGAAGCCAAAAUAUAUGCAAAGGAGAUGAGAAAUGAUCGUCUAUUGUGCCAAGAAAGUAGUGAAACAGCAUUUUCCAGUCCUGUGAUACCUGAGUAAGAGCAACGCACUGUCAGAGAAAGUGAGAUCCAAUAGAUUCAUAAACACUAGCUUAAAGUGUGAUAUAAUGUGAAUUAAUGAAGUAUAUACAUUAAUGUUUUGGCUCAAGUGAGAUUUUCUGAUCAAUAUUUGUCUGUCUGUAUAUACACUAUGUAUGCCUAUUGUUAUCUUUAAACAUUUUUAGCUCAAGUGAGCUUUUCUGAUCACUUGUCCAUCGUCUGUCUGUGAACUUUUCAUACUUUUGACUUCUUCUCUAGAACUAUUGGGCCAAUUUCAACCAAAUUUAGUACAAAUCAUCCUUGGGUGAAGGGGAUUCAGGUUUAUUCAAUUGAAGGGUCAUUCCCCAUUCAAAGGGGAGAUAAUCGCAAAAAUAAGGUGAGAUCAUUUAAGAAUCUUCUUCUCAAGAACCACUGGGCCUGGAGAGCUGAAAUUUAUGUGCAAGCUUCUUGACUUAGUGGAAAUUCAAGUUUCCUAAAAUCAUGAACACAGGAGUAGGGUGGGGCCACAAUAGUGGAUCAAAGUUUUGCAUAAAAUUUUAUAGGGAAAAUCUUAAAAAAUCUUCUCAAGAACCAUUGGGCCAGAGAAGUUUACAUUUACAUAAAAGCUUCCUGACAUGGUGCCAAUUCAACUUUGUUAACAUUAUGGCUCCCGGGGGAAGGUAGGGGCCACAAUAGGGGAUCAAAGUUUUACAUGCAAAUAUGUACGGAAAAUCUUUAAAUAUGGGCCAAGGUGACUCAGGUGAGUGAUGUGGCCCAUGGGCCUCUUAUUUUACUUUUCGGGUCAUCCGAGUGACUUAGGUGUCCUGUUGUAAUUGGUUCGCAUUCAUCAUUAUGUGUUAAUGAUUGAACAUAUUUUAUUUCUUCUUGAUAAUUGCCAUUCCAAUUCUUUUCAAAUUUAGUAUGAAGCAUCUUUGGGACAAGGGGGACAGAAAUUGUGCAUUUCAGGACUCCUGUUCCUCUGGGUGGGGCAAAAAUUUGACCAAUUUUCAAAAAAUCUUCUCUUGCACAUCUGUUAGAAAAACUAAAUGCAUAACCAUGUAGAGCAGGAAGGCCUCUACAAAAAUGGUAAAUUUCAUGAUCAUAGGGUAGAGGUUCUGUUUUGAGAGUGAGGCCAAACUUGGUAUAUAUUGUUUAUGUGUGAAACAUUUACAUAACAUCUUUAAUGUUAUUGAUACUAAAUUGAAACAAAAUUGAUAUUUAGAGUGAGCAGGUAUCCUUUUGCCAAAAUGAUAAAUUUCAUGAUUCCAGAAAUAGGGGUUUUCACACAAGGGUGGGGCCAAAGUAUCAUAGUGAUUAUUGUCUUUAUCAUUUGAAAGACUUCUCUAAUUUUACUGACACUGUAUUAAAGCUAAUUGCAAAUUUAGGAAAUGCAGAAAAGGAUGUUCUAAAUUUGUGAAUUUCACAACCCCAGGGUUCUCGCUCUAGGGUGGGUCCAAAAUAGUAAUGUCUUAGUGUUAACAUGUAUUAUGUAAAGUCUUUCAUCAGGAUGGGCACUUUUGGGGGCAUUUGUGUUUUACAUUGCUGCUGCAUAUUAGAAUUUAGCUUUAUAGAUAUGCAGAACAGGAAAAUUAGUAUCCAUUUCAUAGCUUUGGUUUGUCAAAUUAAAAUUUAGAAUGCAAGCAUCCCCAUGUUCCGUAGAUUCAAGUUUGUUCACACCUUAAGCCCUAGGGCUAGGGUUGGACCACAGAAAGGCCUUAAAAUUCACACUCAGGUUAGGAAUAUGGCCUAUGUGUCUCUUGCAUUAACACAUUUUCUCAACAUACCAUGUAGUUUAUAAAAAUGAUAAUUGUAAUCUCUCUGAAUACAGUGUGACAGCAUCUCUUGUAUCGGUUUUAUGAAAAUGCUACAAAAAGUCAUUGUUAUUGUUUUUAAAAUAUCUCAAAGGAGAAUAGAGCUGUAUUAGAAUUAAUGCUAUAUCAGUAUUUUCAUUCAAAAGCAUAUUGUGAAACAUACAUUGUAUUUCAUUUGAAGAUAUGUACUUACAUGUUGUAUAUCUAAUCCAUGUUUAUUAGAUAUUAUGUUUACCCAGGUGGGCAGAUUUAUUUUUAUACCUGAUAUUUUAUGCAAGUUAUGUAGACAUUGUUUCUUAUUAUUUUGUUGUCAUUGUUUUCCAUUUCUGUUGUUAUACUUUAAUCAUGUUGUCACAAUAUGCAAAUAUGUUUGGACAUUGAAUAAAAGAUUAUUUUGUUGUCAUGUA